CUACAGCCUAAGGAGAGCUUGCUUGCUUGGUUGCUACUACUGGACCUUGAAGAAGGCUGAACAACUACCUGGAAUAACUCCUCCACAACAACAUACCGACUCUUCCUCCACUACAAAUCAAAUCAUCGUCAAUAUGGAGGUGCUUUUGGGAAUCACUGGAAAGGACUUCACUAUCAUUGCAGCAUCCAAGGCUGCGAUGCGGGGCGCCACCAUCCUCAAGGCAUCCGAUGACAAGACCAGAGCUCUCAACAAGCAUACACUUCUCGCAUUCUCUGGAGAGGCCGGCGACACAGUGCAAUUCGCCGAAUACAUUCAACGAAAUGCCCAGCUCUACUCGAUGCGAAACGAGUCCGAUCUUUCUCCCUCUGGCCUGGCUCACUUUGUCCGUGGAGAGCUAGCCACUAGUCUGCGAUCUCGAAAGCCCUACAAUGUCAACCUUCUCAUGGGUGGUGUUGACCCCAUCACUGGCAAGCCCUCGCUCUACUGGCUCGACUAUCUAGCGUCGCUAGCAGAUGUUCCUUAUGCUGCGCAUGGAUACGCACAGUACGUUAUUGCGAGGACUAUGGUCUCAGGACAAAAUAUAUGAAUGGACUUGGACUGGUGCUGAUUUGUAACAUCACAGAUACUACUGCCUGUCUAUCCUCGAUAAGCACCAUCACCCCGAUAUCACGCUCCACCAGGGCAUCAAGAUCCUGACAAUGUGCACCGACGAACUGAAGCGCCGAUUACCGAUCGACUUCAAGGGUAUGGUAGUGAAGGCGGUCAAGGCCGAUGGGAUUGUCGACAUAGAGUUUGAUGAUGACAAGGUUGUCAAAAGUGCUUGAGACCAGCGACAGACUGAAAGAAGCAUGACUUUGUACUACUAGAUGGGUAUUAGAGGCUAAUACUUGCAUCAUGAAGGUUUCCCAGCUUCGUCCGGACGAUCUGUUCAGAAGCCGGGUCAGCGUGAAUCGAGGGCCGUUUCGUUACAGCAGGGUUCAAUCUAUCUCAGGCCACCUAUCUCGGCAUGAAUGCUACGUAUCAAUCGUGUCUCCAGCAACUCUCCGGUGGUUCAGGCAUCUCUACUGCUAGCAAUACCUACCUCCAACACUCGAAGGUCAGCCAGAGUGUGAUUAGAUUGCCUUUGAUCCUUCCAUGGCUACAAAUGUCGUUUUUAUGAUAUCGUGAUUAAUAAUAGGUUGAUGACUUGCA